UUGCUGCAUUACCGAAUUAGGUGCUAGAUCAACUUUGUUCUAGCCAUAUUAUUGUUGAAAAUUAACAUAGCUAACGUUAGCUGCCUGCCUAGUCACCCACCCUUUGCUAAGCUAGCUAUUUUUAGCUAUAGCAAACUAAGUUAUUGGUAGUGAAAAUCUUAACCAGCUAGCUAGUUAGGCAACUUGGUUACUUGUAUAAAGUAAACUGACUUGGUUGUUAGUUUUGAGCUCUGCAACUCUGUUAACCUGAAUAAGGUAAAUGCUUUACGGGACAAGCCAGCUAACGUUAGGCCCAUCAUCAUAGACGCUGUAACGGGUCUCAUUUGCACUUUUGUAAUUAGCUUCCCUGCUAUUUAACUGUCCUUACUCUAGUUAACGGACGUUGCCGUUAUUGACAGUCCGAAGAGAUUAGUAUAUUGGCAUUUAACUAUCCAAACAGACUCGUAGUUAGCUAGUUUCACUAAUUUAGAGUCUAGCUAAUCUGACUGAGUUCGUAGCUCAUUGUUCUAGAAAGCUAGCUCGCUAAAGUACUAACUAGCUAGUUGACGGCUCACACUGCCGCGUACUGUGGGCUGGCAAGGUUAACUUGUAACUAACAAAUGUGUAUUUAACUAGCUAGUUAGGUAGCUAGCUAAGAUCAUGUAACAAUGUUUGCUGCUUUUUAAGUUAGCUUGUUAGUUUGCUUCUAGUAGUAGUAGUAGUAGCUAGAUAGUUAAGUAGAUUGUCUGGCCAGCAUAGCCAACGCCUCGUUGUUGUUAACGCUAGUUAGCUAGCGCAUUGUUGUCAGACACUUGUUUACAAUGCUAGCUAGCUAAACCUGUCAGGCACAACAACAGCAGGAUGUAAUCCGCAAUUUGAAUUUAGACCAACUUGUUCCUCUGUAAUUAGUUGAAACAUAGUGGAGUCAUAAGAGCUAGUAGUAGCACUGACUGUCAUCACAUAAACACAGCUUGUUUUAUAAAGAGGUGUGUGACCAGGUCAUGAACUCCUACAAUAACAAGUACUAGUAACCGACUUACAUUAUCAUAGCAACUCCUGCUUUGACAGAUGUUUCUUGUGCAUCAUCUUUAACGAGGUUGUUUCAGAGAGUGAGGUGACAGUUCAGACAACUUUGGGUUAAGGAGGUUGCCUUGACAAUUUGGCAUGUUGUGUAUGUGCACGCUAAAUGCAUGCCGUUUACAGUGUUGACUACAUUGUUGACUAAGUCCCCCUCCCCCAAUAGUGACUUACUAUGGCCUCUGGAAGUCAUUAUGGGCAAGGCAGAGAAUUCCGCCAGCUCAACCAGGGCAAACCUCAUGGAUUUCUCCAUCACAUCAGCAACCACUCUGCAGCUGACAAGAACAUGAAGAAGAUUUCCAGUGAGUCGUUGUGCACGCAUCAAAGCCAAACGAGUGUCUGUGUGCAACAAGAGGAAGUUGUCGUCGCAUCACAGUGUGGUGGUGAGCUCAGGCGUACGCCGCAGAGUGCCCCCCGCAGGUCGGGCUGUCUGUGACAUGGCCAACAAGGAGAAUGAACUGACCUGCCCAGAGAAAGUGCAGGCCAUACACUACAAUGACAACUGCAUGUUCCCUGUGAACUCUGCUGCAGAGGUUGGCUCCAAGAUGGCAGGGCCGGGAUACAAGUACAGUGAUUACUUCACUGAGCUAUCGAAGGACCAUGAUGCAAUGACACAUGUGCUUUUUGGAAGAAAUCUCAGAUUAAAUGUAGCUCUGACACUAUGGCGAAGAAACGCCAGCGAACUAGUGGCAUACUUGAUCAGAAUUGAAGACACAGGCGUUCUUCUUGACUGCCUACCAGUUAUAACGAAAAGCCUUCAAGACGAAACUCCGUGCGUAUCACUGGGCUGCUGUGUAGACCUCCUGCCACAAGUCAAAUCAAUCCUCACCAGUGAAUAUGAAGAACACUUGAUUGUGGUUUUACACUGGGUUCAGUCCGUCGUUAAGAAAUGGUGGCCAGAACUCUCCACAAACGGCAAACCCCUGCUGGACAGCUGCUCAGAGGACAGGAACCUCCAAGUCAUGAAGCAGCAGCUGAAGGAGUUCUGGGUGGAGGGACCCCAGUUAAGUUUAGUUCCAGGAACUACAGGAGAGAUGGCAAAGGCCAUUGAGUCUUACUUAUCACAACUCCAUUGACCAAUCAAUCAAUGUAGCACUGAGGAAGCGACCACUACUGCCGGAUAUAGCUGUUUGAACAUUACCUGGAGACUAAAGACAAGACCAUGGUCCACACAUACAGGAACCCUGUUCUAUUCUAUGUGGAUUGAUGAACUGAGCGAUUCAGACUGAGCAACUCCCACAGUCAAUCGCAACUAGAGAGACACUUACAAUGGAGGAAGGAACCUUUUUCUUUCUGGAAGAAAAAACCUGAAAUGACUGCUUCACAUUGAAGUGGAUCGGUGUCUUGCGAAGGGGCAAUAUUUCAAUCGACCUCCCUGAGACUGGGUCGAAAAGGCACCCUAUUUCCUCUAUAGUGCACUACUUUUGAACGGAAUAGGACGCCAUUUUGGAUGCACACUGAGACUGGGUCUGGGCUGCUCUGUGAAGUGCCAAGCUCUGUUGCACCACCACAGCACUCUUCACCAUGUUGUGCAAAUCAUGGAUAUAACUUAAUGAAUUCCCCUUCCUGGUUUCAGUUCUUAUUUCUUCCCUCAUGUCCCAAAUCAAGAACUUGAAACUACUGCAGUCUUAAGUUAUGAGAGCUUUUCCUGUUGUAGUUUUUUUUUUUUUUCAUGAAUGUUUGAAUGUAAAAGUGUAAAUACAGUGAUUUAUUUUAAUAAUCUUUAAAAUAAAUUAGCAAAAAUCUG